GGGGCAAACAGCAAGUUCGGGGAUCCGGCCCGGGAGCCGAGUGAGGCCGCAGCCCCGCGCGCCGCGGGCGAAAAUCUUGGAAAAUGUACACAAGUCAUGAAGAUAUUGGGUAUGAUUUUGAAGAUGACCCCAAAGAUAAGAAGACACUUAAGCCCCACCCAAACAUUGACAGUGGAUGGGCUUGGAUGGUGGUUCUUUCCUCCUUCUUUGUGCACAUCCUCAUCAUGGGCUCCCAGAUGGCCCUGGGAGUCCUCAACGUGGAAUGGCUCGAAGAAUUCCAUCAGAGCCGUGGCCUGACUGCAUGGGUCAGCUCCCUCAGCAUGGGCAUCACCUUGAUUGUGGGACCUUUCAUCGGCUUGUUUAUUAACACCUGUGGGUGUCGCCGGACCGCAAUAAUCGGAGGGCUGGUGAACUCGCUGGGCUGGGUACUGAGCGCCUACGCCGCAAACGUGCAUUAUCUCUUUUUUACCUUUGGAGUGACAGCUGGCUUUGGAAGCGGGAUGGCCUACCUGCCGGCGGUGGUCAUGGUGGGGAGGUACUUCCAGAAGAGACGCGCCCUCGCCCAGGGCCUCAGCACCACCGGGACAGGGUUCGGCACCUUCCUCAUGACGGUUUUGCUCAAGUACCUGUGCGCGGAGUACGGAUGGCGGAAUGCCAUGUUCAUCCAAGGCGCCGUGUCCUUAAACUUGUGCGUCUGCGGGGCGCUCAUGAGGCCCCUCUCUCCGGGGAAAGACCCGAACGACCCAGGAGGGAAAGAUCCGCGGGUCGUGCUGGCUCACUCCCCUGGAUCUAGGUCCAGUGGGCCGCUGGGCGGAGCGGGAGAGAGCGGACCCGGGAACGAGGAGACCGGCGGUGACGCCCCGGCCGGGGCGAGCCCGGAGAAGGCGGGGCACAGACAGACCACCUGCGCCUUCGGGGUUCUGAAGACGGCCAGCCGGCUGACCGUGAGAGUCCGGAAGGGCUUCCGGGACUGGUACUCCGGCUACUUCGGGGCGGCCUCGCUCUUUACCAAUCGAAUGUUCGUCGCCUUUAUUUUCUGGGCUCUGUUUGCCUACAGCAGCUUCGUCAUCCCUUUCAUCCACCUCCCGGAAAUCGUCAAUUUGUAUAAUUUAUCGGAGCAAAAUGAUGUUUUCCCUCUGACUUCAAUUAUAGCAAUAGUGCAUAUCUUUGCCAAAGUGAUCCUGGGUGUUGUGGCCGACUUACCUUGCAUCAGUGUUUGGAAUGUCUUCCUGAUGGCCAACUUCACCCUUGUGCUCAGUAUUUUUAUUCUGCCCCUGAUGCACACAUACGCUGGCCUGGCGGUCAUCUGCGCGCUGAUAGGCUUUUCCAGCGGCUAUUUCUCCCUCAUGCCCGUAGUGACUGAAGACUUGGUGGGGAUUGAGCACCUGGCGAAUGCCUACGGCAUCAUCAUCUGUGCCAAUGGCAUCUCCGCGCUGCUGGGACCACCUUUCGCAGGCUGGAUCUAUGACAUCACAGAAAAAUAUGACUUUUCCUUCUAUAUUUGUGGCCUACUUUACAUGGUAGGGAUACUCUUUUUACUCGUUCAACCGUGUAUUCAAAUGAUAGAACAAUCCAGAAAAAAAUACAUGGAUGGUGCACAUGUGUAGCGUCAUGUUCUGUUUCCUGUAAGAUUUCUUUGGGGGACCCAUGCCUACCUCACAUGGUUGCUGUGAGGAGCCCAUGACAUCGUUGGGAAAUGCCUGUCUGGUAGCCGGCACUGUCCUUUGUAAAUGCCUUGGACUUCAUUUGAAAGCAGCACUGCCUUUCCAUUUGGGGAGAAACAAUGUCGCAAGGGAUGAAAGAUGACAUACAUUUUAAAGAUGACAAUGUCCUUCAAGACGGCCUAUUAAAUAAUUGGUAGAAAAGCCCUUACAAAAUCUAUUCUGUCUCGUCAUCCAAUGGGACUAAGGUUUUUAGAAACAGCUUCUGAAACAAAGACAAGGAAUAAAGUCUUGUCAACUCAUCUACUCUUUGUACAGUGAAAAUAAAUUCUCUAAAUGCUUCUGGAAAGCUUACAGGUAAACGGGUUUCAAGCACAAGAAUCUGAUUGGCCUUCAGAACUCAUUACAGGGAGCUGUUGAUCUACUAGGGAAAAGCAAAGGCAGGCUCUAAUUUCACAGGUGAUACAUUUAGUACAAUGAAAGAAACAUAGUUUAUAUUUUUUUGAAAGAAUUCUGCAGCUAAGGAGUAUAGUUUUUCAACCCUCCUCUAAGAAAAGCAUCUGUCCGCAAUUCUAGUUUAGUACUAAUUAGUUAUAAACUGAAUCUUAAUUCAAAACCUAGAUAAAUAAUAAUAAUUUCCUUAGCAAAAGUCAUAUUUUUCACACAAACAUUGAAUCAAGGGCUAGGAGUCAAGCACUUUCAUUUGUAUCAUUAACCUCUUCAUUUAUGAGCAUAAUCGGGGGUUAUACAAUUUUUUUCUGAGUUUCUCCUGCAUAAUAAAACAGAGACGAAACUGCUGGUUGUAUAUUGGCAGUUAAAUCAUCUUUGAAGUGUGUUACUGAUCCAAAAUGUGAGACUAUCAAGUCGUGAGGGUCGGAAAUGGAAUGCCCUUGGUCUAGACCUCUGUGCAUCUAACAUUGGAGUAGGUGGUAACUGACAGCACUUCUCCAGGGCCUCUUGUCCUAUAGACCAUACGUUUGCCUGAGCUCGACACGGUUUUGAAAAUUGGUCUCUUGACUCAUUUCAUACACAACAUAACUGUAAUCUGUGACAUCAGAUGAUGUUCUUCCUUUAUCUGAGAUCUCUAUUUUUCUAAGCCAAACUGCAGAAUGUUCUUCCCCAGAAUCAUUUGGAAAUUUCUGGCUGCCUUACUUGUUUACGCACAUUUUAGAACUAUUUCAAUUUCUACUCACAAUUUGCGCAUCACAUACACACAGAUCCUUUCAUAUCAUUGCCAACAUCUUGGGUCAAAUUUAUCUAAAGUGAGCACAGACCAUUCUCAAUUAUCCUUGGUAAUUAGAGACAAGAAUAGUCCUAACAAUUGGAAUCACAGAGUGUUACCCCAAGCUUUGUUUUAGCCAGCAGUUUCAGACUUAACCUCCACUGAAUGCUUUAGAGCUGUUGACAAGGAAUUACAGGGACAAGCUUCCUUUUUCUUCCAUCUCCAUUAUUUCCUGCUCUUAUGUCUAGUGGGAAGGGUUUCUAUAAUCAAAGGGACCACCAAAAUCCCAAUAAUAAUAAAAGGCAGCUAAUGGAAAGGAGAAACAAAAGCAUGAUUAGUGUACACACUCAAUAUUACCUCUAAUAACUCGAGAACCGCCUGUAAAUUGUUAUAGGUAAUAAAUUGCAUGUCAUCCUCUGUUUGGUUCAACACAAUGAUCUAUUUGUUAUCAUCACAGCUUUGGCUGCUGUUUAAGAAUCCAGCUGUCUAUUUUGAUAAAGGUACUCUUAAAUCCUGCGACAAUGCUGUCUCUCUAUAUAUAUUUACUGUAAACUCAGAUAAUGAGAUCGAGAAAACACGUGUGUUUUAAAACUGACUACAUGACUUCCAUGACUUUCAUUUUCAGACAACACCAAAUGAAGUAUUUUCAAUGGUGCUCUAGUCAAUGCAUUCUGAUGUUCACGCUGCCGGCUGUGCAUCUUAAACAGGAAUUUUUUUUUCUAGUUCCCUGGCUUUCGUUAUACCGAAGUGAGAUCUGCAAUUUAUACAGGUGUUCGUUGACUCUGCAUUGAUGGAAUAGUGAUUUCUACCGAAUCAGAAGUUCCUAUUUUACAAAAACAGUAAAACCUGCUUGCAGUAUUCAUGUUGACAACAGAAUAAAAGAGAAUGCUCUGAGGAAUUACAACAAAUAUAUGCAUACUUCCUGUUUAAACUAUGUUAUUCUUUACAGUUCUUUGACGAUAUUAUUUAGAGUUAAUUGUAUAUUUAUCCCGUGUGCUUUAUCAUGUUCCCCUCGCGUAUCUAAGUCAUUUUUAUUUACAUAUGAUGAAAUAAAUUUUGUCCUC